AUGAAUACUCGAAAUGCGCCGCUUUCACCAGUCUCUGUAGGCGCUCCCAGCGAUUGGUCCGGCAUCAGUAAAUACCAGAAUCCCAACGACGGUCCCUAUCCCAAUAAUCGAGGUCCUGCCUCUCCACCAGAUUCGAACAGUUCUAGCGGGAACAUGAAUGGCUUCCCAACUGGCCCCAGGAGCGGAAGUGUCGGUGCUCCCUCGCCACCGCCUUCCGUUGGACGCUCCAGUACCUAUGCCAGAAGUGAGAGUGGGAAAAGUAUUCGCGAAGAAAAUGAGCAAGUCUUAGGAGAGCAUUACAUCGCCCUUCAGAGAUACCUAUCCUCAACAUCCAAGGAUGGCCGGGCAGCUCCACCUCCCAAUAAGGCACGAGAUAAACUAUUGCGCUUGUCAUCGGUACAGUUUCUUGAGUUGUCUACAGAUGUCUUUGACGAAUUGAUGCGACGACAAGCCUAUAGCCGCAGGCCACCGAAUGCACCUCCCAAUGUCGGACCACCGACCUACCUUCUCCCCGAAGAUACCUUCCACCCAAAGCGAAACCAAGCACGUCAGAAGCUAUCGACUCUCGGUUCUCCGCGAUUCAGGGAUUUGGCGACAGAUGUAUUCUGCGAGUUGGAAAGACGCAUUCCUCGAUUCAUUGCUGGCGAUGUCCCUCGGAUGAGCAACCCAGGCCUACCCUCAAGUCGGGCUGGCACACCUAUAAGCAUGGGCCCUAGAGGUAUGCGACGGCCGUCUGACGCGAGUUCUAUUCGGUCAGGUAUAGCGAGAAUGCCGAAUGAUUAUCCCAUACCGCCAUCACCUGGUCUUGGGAAUGGCAACUUUGACCGACCACUUCCGAAACAAUUCCAGAGCAACACAAUCGUGCCUAACAAGAGUACAAUGGUGGAAGAAGACGACGACGGGCUAGCUUCCAACGAUGACAGCGACGCAUUUCGACAGAAUAACCGUGGAAGCAAGAGAAGCAUGGGCACAAGUGGUGGCGCAUCAGAAGUCGAUAAACGGCUUAUUGAUGACUACCAAAACCAAGUGCGAGAACUGCGAGACAAGUUGGACGGAAUGGAGGAUCAACUCAAGAAGAAAGAUGACGAGCUUCAUCAAGUAAUAGACGGCCAACAAUCUCGUGCUAAUGCGUCGGAUCUUGAAAAACAGGAGUUUGAUGAUGUGCGGACUGGUCUUGAGAACCAAUUAGCGGAAGCGCAAAGUCUUAACGACUCACUACGAGAUGAGCUUGACCGCAUGCGGGAUGACCAUGCCGCAGAAAUGCGGAAGUGGAGGGAGGAUCUUGAAGAUUCUCAGAACAACCGGAAAAUGGUGGGUGGAGAUUCUGACCUCUCGAGAGAGAAUGAAGAAUUGCGCAUGGCUCUUGAAGAGCAACAGCAAGUGACGGAAAGCGUUCGACGAGAAGCUCGGCAAUUCCUUGAGGAAAUGAAGGUGCUUUCAGAACAACACAACCCUUCUUGGGAAAGGCAAGAGGAGCUAGAGAAGACGGUUGAGCGGUUAGAGCAAGAAGUUCGUGACUGGCGAAACCGUUACGCGCGUACCAAGACGCAACUCCGAAACAUGCGUGCUACAUCGAUGGGUUUAACAAUCGAGCAAGACGCCGGCAAAUAUGUCCGAGACAAGGGCUUUACAGAAGAAAAUGGUCUUGUGAAGGACGUACACGUUACCAAAUUCCAAAUCGCUAUCGACGAAUUAUUGCAAACAGCCCGGAACGAGGAUCCCGACAAAGUCAUCGACUCUAUGAAAGCAGUGGUUGUCGGUAUCCGUCGUAUAACCAAAGACAUUGACGAGUCGCGACCAAGUGAUGGAGAUGUGGUUCAACAACAGCAGAAGCUAAAGAGUCGGGUCUCUGCCACCGCCAACAACCUCAUCACCGCGUCUAAAAACUUCGCAUCUGGAGCCGGUAUCUCUCCGGUUUCCUUGCUUGACGCGGCUGCCUCUCAUCUCGUUGCGGCUCUGGUUGAACUCUUACGAACUGUGAAGAUACGCGCCACACCAGCAGGUCAACUGGAAGACGACGAUGACGGUACGAUUACGCCUGUCGACUCAACCGGAUUCUUCUCGAAUCGCACCACGACGACGCAGCAGGACGCCUUCUUGAAAUCGCAAGAGUCCCCCCUCGUGCCACCUCCGGCAUUCCAAGGUCUUCGCACGGGUAUGCGUGAUAGUGCCAACUCUUCCGCUUACAGUCAUAGUCCUGUCGGUUCACCGAGGGAAUCUAGUGAUCGAUACAACUCCGGGAGGCCGACGUCUCGACCUGGCGGCAUAAAUGGAAUGGCUUACAUGGGCCUCACUAAGAACAUGUCCUUGCCUCCGAAUGGCCGACUAGACGCCAAAACUGAAGAUUUGAAAAUCUACCUGGAAGACCAGACGGAAAUCAUGGUACAAACCAUACAAGGGUUAGUAAGCUCCAUCCGUGGUGACGCGCCCAUCCAGCAGAUCAACGACGAGAUCACUUCGAUAGCCGACGUGGUUGGCAAGGUUGUGGAACAGACCGAAGCCAACGGCAACGGUGGUGACAUGACGGACCGAUUAAACGACUGCCGUCAACGGCUGCUCGAAGCAGGCGAACAGGGCAAAGACCUUGCAGCUCGUGGACUUGGGGAAAGUGAUCGAGAAUGGCGCAUGUGGACUCAAACGUUGCCACCUAUCGCCUUUGAAAUCGUUCGAGAGACCAAAGAGCUGGUGCAAAGAAUCGAUCGUCUAGUUUUGUCGCCAAUCCCAGAUGAUUUCUCGUAG